GUCAUUAAAUAAAUGAAACUAUAAAAUAUUUUAAAACUCACGACAUUUUUCUAACACAGAGUGCAAUGAAAGUUCUUCAAAAAGUGUUCUUAGUUUCAUUAGUUGCUUCUGUUUCUUCCUUUAAUUUAUCAUAUGUUCUACCAAACACUGAUCCCUGGCUGGUACCAAAUUUUAUAGAUGGCACCCUUGUUUGGAUAACAAGGGCUUUCGUUAAAGCUGAACUGGGAUUGUUGGCUUUUGAUCCUUAUCUAGUCGAGUAUUAUCUAUACACCCCGGCAAAUCCAACAAAUGGUCAAAGAAUAAGACAUGACGAUCCUUCGUCAAUACAACUUUCCAACUUCAAUGCAUCCCAUAUCACUGGGAUCAUUCUUCACGGAUACAGAUCAUCAUCUGACGAACCUGUGUGUUCCUUAAUUCGCGAUGCUAUUUUCAAAACUAAACGUCCACGGAAUAUAAUUUGUAUUGAUUGGUCAAAAAUUGCUCGAAAAACAUAUCCAACUGCCCGUUUUGUUGCACCCAGUGUUGGCAAGGACUUGUCAAUGUUUAUAAAUUUUCUUCUUAAACAUACUUCGAUGUCAAUGAAAAAUCUAUACGUUGUUGGUCACAGUUUGGGAGCCCAUGUUGCUGGAAUUGCUGGCAAGCAUUUGAAGGAACAAAACAAAAGUAUUCCACUGAUAGUUGGAUGUGAUCCUGCUCUACCGUUAUUCGAUUACAAUAAUUGUUCGUCUAGACUUUGUCAAACGGAUGCUGAUUUUGUUGAGACCGUUCAAACUAAUGGCGGUCAGUUGGGAUUUCUUCGGCCUAUUGGAGCUGGAACAUAUUAUCCAAAUGGUGGAAUACGUCAACCUGGUUGCGGGCUUGAUCUAACAGGAUUUUGUUCUCAUUCGAAGGCUUAUUUGUAUUUAGCUGAAGCAAUUGAAAAAAAUGAUUUUCAUACAAUGGAAUGUAAGGGUGGUUAUUUGGAUGCUGUGCGCAAACAAUGUGGAGAUACUUAUAGUUCGGUGAAAAUGUUAACACCUGGAACGGCGGGAGUUUUUUAUGUUCCUGUUAAUGCAGAACCACCUUAUGGAAAAGGAUAGUUUGCAUGUAAUUUCUAGUAGUUUUUAAUAGUUGUUAGUUGGAAAUUUU